AUGGACUAUAUGCCCAAGUCGCAGGAGGCCGAGCCCCGCCCCCACAUCACACGCGUGGGCGGCGGUGCCUACCCGGACGACCUCGUGGACCCGAUGAAACUGCCGGCGCAUGCGCCGGAUGGGGAGGGCGUGCUUCCGAAGCCGUCGCCGAGCGCUGCGCCACUCGCUCACCGCCCGUCGUUCCGCUCGGAGGCGAUGAAGAACCUGACGGCCAUCCUUGACAACAACUCGACCAGUACGUGCAAGCGCUGCCACGAGGCACUGCGUCUCGGCCAGCGCCUCGCGUGGGCGAACCCGUCGGUGGUGCCGGACCUGAUGGUCGAGUUGUGCGAGAAAUACAAAUACGCGUCGUCGCCGACCGUCAAGAAGGCGUGCGAAGGCACCUUUGGCCUGAACCAGUGGGGCGGCGCCUACACGCAGCUGCUCAGCUACGCGAACCUGACUGAGGGCUCGCCGACGCCUGGCUGGCUGUGUGCCCGGUACAUCAAGGGCGGCGCAUGCGAGUACCCCGAGCUGGAGCCUCUCUCGUCGUCGUUCCUGAACAAGUGGUUCAAUGGCAAGACGCAGCCGCCCGCGCACGUCGUGCAGCGUAGCAAGAAGGUCGGCCCGAAGCGCAACAAGCCGCUGCGCGUGUUCCACGGCUCGGACUUCCAUGUGGACCCCCGCUACCUCGUCGAUGCCGAGGCCAACUGUGACAACGGCCAGUGCUGCCGCUCGGACAGCUUCAACUCGACGCUCUGGAACCAGCCGACGUUCGAACCGGGCUCGCUGCCUAAGCGCAACAUCUCGCACCCCGCGGGGUACUGGGGCUACUACCAGUGCGACACGCCGUGGUCGCUGAUUGCGGCGGCCAUGGAGGGCCUGUCCUACCUGCAGAAGGACGAGCCGCUCGACCUGGCGCUGUACACGGGUGACCUGACGACGCACGACGCCGAAUGGCACAUUUCGCAGAACCUGACGACGUACUCGGAGCAGUCGCUGUACGACAUGUUCCACCGCCACCUCGGCAACACGACCAUGGUCGUGGCACUGGGCAACCACGACUCGUCGCCGGCUGACUUGUUUGCACCGCACUCGCUGCCGGACAGCCGGGGCGACCAGCUCAGCUGGGACUGGGACAAUGUGGCCGCGCUCGUCAAGAGCAACGGCUGGGGCGACGACAAGACCGCCGCGACGAUCCGCAAGCACUACGGCGCCUACUCGAUCUCGCCCCGCAAGGGUCUGCGUGUGGUUGCGCUGAACAGCGACUUCUGGUACAGCGGCAACCCGAUGACGUACGUGGACCUGUCGAACCCCGACGUGAGUGGCUUGCUGCGCUUCUUCACCGACGAGCUGCAGGCCGCUGAAGACGCAAACGAGCGUGUGUGGGUGGUCGCGCACGUCCUCACCGGCUGGAACGGUGGAGACGGUGUUGACGCGCCGACGAACCUGCUGUACCAGAUUGUCUCGCGCUACAGCCACACGAUCGCACACAUCUUCUUCGGCCACACGCACGAGGACGAGUUCCAGAUCUGGUACGAGUCGAGCAACGGUAACUCGACGUCGGUGAGCCGCAAGACGGAGGAUGCACGUGCGAUGGCCUUCAUCGGCCCGUCAGUGACGCCGCUCACGAACGUCAACCCGUCGCUGCGUGUGUACGAGGUGGACCCUGAGACGUACGAGGUCAUGGACUACCUGCAGUACUACACCCAGCUGCAGGACGCCGACGAGCUGCGCAAGACCGGGCCCGUGUGGAACCUUCUGUACAAGGCGCGCGAGACGUACGGGAACUUUUCCGCGAGCCAGGCAGCCGGCACGUACGCCGCGCCGGUGGCGCUCGAUCAGGGCGGCGUCUGGCCGCAGGACGCCCCGCUGAACGCCUCGUUCUGGGCCGCGCUCACCGACGAGAUGGAGCAGCGCCCCGAGCUCAUUGAGCUGCACCAGGUGUACCAGGGCCGCAACAGCCCGCGCACGCCCCAGUGCAACACGAAGGCCUGCCACGAAGCCAAGGUGUGCUACAUGCGCAGUGCAUCGUCGGCGCUCGGCCGCGGCUGCCCCUCCGGCUACGGCUCUGUGCAGGGCGGCUAA